AUGAAGGCUAAGGCCCAAUACAAGGCGGCCCUCAAAAUCCAAAGCCGGCUACAAGGCAAAGAGGACAUCUCCCAAGAGGAGAAGUCCAAACUAGCCUGGGCUGAGCAAAAGGUAGAAGAGGAGCGUCUUUACUACGCGCAGCUGCCUCAGAUUAAGGCGACGAAGGGCGAAUUCGCCAAUAAGGUUGAGGAGCUGAUGGCCACCAAAAGGCAAUGCUCGAUCGAGAGUGCCAAGGAUACUCCGGCGGGCAAGCGGCAACGCGGGUCCAAGGUGGUUAUCCCUCAACCUACGACGAAGAAGCCCAAGCAGAAGGCCAAGUUGAGUGACAUGUCCAAGAGACACCUCAUCGUGGCCCUAAUCGACCGCAGCGAGGAAAAUGGGAAGAUGACGGCGGCGCAGUGGGAACAGGUCCACGCCCAGCUGGUGGAAUCCCUUUUCGCGCGAAUGGAGGACGCGCCGGACGCUCCCAUGCCCACCUUCGACGGUGCGUGA